UAUUUGUGGCAGUCGAACGCGAGCCCUUGGCUGGAAAGGGUACACAGCUCAGCAGCACUUACUCCAUACUGCAUACGGGCACCAAGCGAAUAGUAAAAAAACAGAGAAACAUACACACAUACAAACAUCCACACACAGUUUGGUGGUGCUAAAAAUUGUGUAAAUUAAUGGAGACUUGAGAAUUUAGACAAUAAAAACAUCUGUGAAUAAUUAAUUAAUUACAAAUGCAACUUAAAGUAAAUAUUGUUGUUGUUUUUGUGUAAUUUGGUAACGCUAAUGUUUAUUUAACGCAAAAGGAAAUUGAACAGUGUUCGAUACGAUAAAGAAAGCAACAAAAACUUAUACAAAAACAAAAAGAAAAACAAGAAAAACAUACAAUAAACGCACUGAACUUUGAAAUAAAUGCAAAAAAAAGAAAGGAAAAACUUUGUCUACGUCUGCGUUUGGACUUGGACUUGGUCUCUAUGUUACAGCGUAAGGAGCGUAGAGGAGCGUAGCCACGGUGUGUAAAGCACACGCACGCAUACGAACUCGCAAAAGUACACACACACACUCCAUUUUCUACAUCACUUCGUGCCUGUGCAUCUGCCUAGCGGCUCAGCACCUGCCCCCAGCCUCAGACUCAACCUCAGUGCGCCGCAGUGCCAACCAGCCAGCGUCGGAUUGAGAUUCAGUAACAGUAAAACAGCAUCAGCAUUAGCGGCGUCAGCUCCCCCAAACUUUGUGCGCGCUGCCAACAUCAAACGGUCGCGCGCUCAGUGUUCAUUAUACAAAAGAGAGUUACUGCUGCUGCUACAGCUGCGUGUGUGUGUGUGUAUUGCUGACUGAGUGCUGUUCGGAGUUGUGCUUGUAUAUACUGCUGCCUUCACCCCAAAAUCUCUUAUUGAUUUUGGAUUCAAACACACACGCCGCCGUCGUUAUCGUCCUCGUCCUCGUCGUCAUCAUCAUCAUCGUCGUUGUUGGUGUCGUGUGUUGCUGUAGCUGACUGCUAACGAGAGAGGCAGCCGCCACAAAAUUCAACAUACAGCAGCCAGCAAACGCAUACAGUGUUUGUUGCAACGAGCUUGGCGCACGGCCGGGCAGUCAAAGUUGGGUACGACGUUGAGCGGCGUGGCGCGAAGCAAAGAAGUGUGGCAAGCUUGUACGGUACUGUCGCACGCCCACCCGCUAACCGCUCAUCCAGCCAGUCAGGCAAGCAGUCAGUGAGCCAACCAGCCGUGAAGAUGCUAGCAAUAUUGUAAACACGCAUGCUUACAAAAUUUAUUUAUACGAAAUAAAGAUUGAAAAAUAAAUAAAUAAAAACCAAAUAAACAUAAAUAUAAAUCAAUAAACUGUUGAAACUAAAAAAGAAACAUUUCUAAUGGGAACUUGUGAUGCUAAAACCAAAUAAAAUGCAAAACUCUAAAUAAACCAAACUAAAGAAAAAUGUUUUAAACAACAAAAUGUAUUAACAAAGUAGCGCACAAAACCAAUAUCAAUUACUAAACUAAACUAAAACCAAAAACAGCAACAAACACAUACAAUAAGUAUAAUAAGUUGUAGAAGACAUGUACAUUUGUACGGUGAUAAAAAAGUCUAUACUCGUAAAAUUAACCAAAUAACACACAUUCCCAAAGAUUUGCAAAUGUAGGAUGAGAACAAAUCCUCUGAAGGACAAUUGUAUAAGUAAAGUGUGCCAAAAUCGAUUUAUACCCAGUACUCGCUUCUCGGUUUGUGUAGAUAUUCAUUCGUAUUCAUGAAUGCCGUUCAUUUGGAACCGAUAGUGCUCCUUUCAAUUGUUGUAUUAUUAGGUGUAGUUAUUGUUGUUAUUGAUUAAUAUACAUAAGUAUAUACACUUAUUUAAGAUAACCACAAAAAAACCUAAGAAAACCGAAAAACCGAAAACAUCAAUUUAUACAUUCACAUACAAAACACCCACUCGUACACACGUUAAGAUUAGCGCCCAAUAAUAAGAAAUCGCAAAGGCCUAACCGAGCGAGAGGGAUUGCGACGACGUCAACGAGGACGAACGAGGCAAAGCCGGGCUGACAGCAGGGCAGCCGCAAGCUGACUUCAAGCGUAAAAAGUGGGUUGAUUCGUGUGCGAAAUUGAGUGUUGAAUGUGAAAGCUCCGCACUCGCUGGCUGGAGUCCUGUAAUACGCGAGAAACCGCGUACAUAUAUCUGCACGGAAAUAAAAUAUUAUAAGGCGAAAGAAAAACAGCUGAAGUAAAAUAAAACAAGUCACACGAAAAGAGGAUUACGCUAAUCCAUUGGUGAUGAUGUUGACGUGUACAACGCCUACACGGAGCAACAGUGUAACCGCCCUCGAGCAGCAGCCAACCUUUCUGGCGCUAAAACAAUACCAAGAGCAGCAGCAACAGCAACAGCAACGUCAGCAGCAGCAACAGUUAACGUCGCCGCAAUAGCAACAGGAGUUCGAUCAGCUAAGAGUUUUUCGCGCGGAGCUCGACGCCGCAUACAUAGUGCCCACAGUGCCAAGUGUUGGAAGGUGGUCGCAACCGUUUAGCAGUUAGUAGAAUUGACAGCUGAUAGGUCGUUGACAAAGCCAACUUACGAGGGACGGUGCGGUGAUUACGAACAACGAACCAAGUGCAGCGGUGCUCGUCUCGUUCGCAAAGCUCAUACACUGUGGCACCGGUGGAAUUGGCUGUGACGGCUGAAAGUGUGCAACAAGGACGUGACGUGACGUCGUUAUCGUUAUAAGGACGGACGGACGGACGGACGUGUGUGUGUGUGUGCAGUGCGCGUACGAACAAAUUGCGCCGUUCGGUACUAAAUAAACAUUUACUCGAGGCAAUCAUCUCCACCGCCACCGCACAGACUACAAUGCUCUGGUAGCCAAGAUAGUUUUGCCGUGGAUCACUAUUGCGGCAGCAGCAGCGGUGAUACGCCACACGCAGUGAAUAGUGUACUUGGAGUUGGUGGGGCGGCUGGUAUAAGUGGCUCAGGCAGCGGUGUUAGUGGCGGAGUCGGCGGUGUUUGCAGUCAAUGCUCAUCAACGGCGGCAGCGGCGUCAGCAGCAGCUGCGGCUGUAGCUGCAGCGGGGACAACAUCGUGCGGUGGCGGUGGCAGCGGCGUUGGCGGCAACAACAACAACAACAACAUCAUCAACCACAACAACAGCGGAGUUGGCGCUUGUUAUUGCAGCAACACGAUGUGUCAUCAUGUAUCCGGUGGCAUGCCGAUGGGCGUACCACCACCACCACAACCGCCACAUGCGAUGAUGUCCGGUGGCGGCGGCGUCGGUGGCAUCGGCGUCGGCAGCGAUAUGCGCAAUCCAUUGCACAGCAGCAGCAGCUUACUGGGCUCACAUUUGUCGCUUGGCGGAAUGAGCAUAGGCGGCGGCGGCGGUGGCGGCGGCGGCGGUGUUGGUCUCUACGGUUGUGAUACGAUCAUCUCAGGUCCCAGUCAUUGUCGCAGUCUAAGCGGUUUGAGUAGUCUGAGUAUCGGACCGCCAGCACCACCAGUGCCGCCUCCACCCCUCUUCAAUCCAUGUAGUUCAAAUAGUUUUAAUUCGAUACAAUCGAUGCAGGGGCCAAGCUCCUCACGCUGGGGACCGCGUACAUCAUGCCCGAUUCACAGUCCGUUUCGUGUGCGCGCACCCAACGGUUCAAUAUGCUCUGGACAUCAGGCUUUGCUACACACUCACGAUGUUGUUGCCCGAGACGUUUACGGUGAGGAGGCACUGCGCGUCACACCGCCACCAAUGGUACCCUACAUUAAUGGCGACGAAAUCGAUAAUGUGGACAACGGCGAAUUGCAGCACGUAACCCGAGUGCGUUUAGUGCAAUUCCAGAAGAACACCGAUGAACCAAUGGGCAUAACGUUAAAAAUGACCGAAGAUGGACGUUGUAUUGUGGCUAGAAUAAUGCAUGGUGGCAUGAUACACCGUCAGGCAACGCUGCAUGUUGGCGACGAGAUACGGGAAAUUAAUGGUCAGCCUGUUCAACAUCAAUCUGUGGGCCAAUUACAACGCAUGCUGCGUGAAGCGCGUGGUUCGGUUACCUUUAAAAUAGUUCCUUCUUAUAGAAGUGCUCCGCCACCCUGUGAGCUUUUCAGGAUAAGACCAACUCCAGUACUUAUAUUUGUGCGUGCACAAUUCGAUUAUAAUCCUUUAGAUGAUGAGCUUAUACCAUGUGCUCAGGCAGGCAUCGCAUUCCAAGUCGGUGAUAUUUUACAGAUUAUAAGCAAAGAUGACCAUCAUUGGUGGCAGGCCCGAUUAGACACGGUCGGUGGUUCGGCCGGUUUGAUACCGUCGCCGGAGCUGCAGGAGUGGCGUAUCGCAUGUAAUGUUGCGGAUAAGACCAAACAGGAACAAGGAGAAGGUGCCGCUGGCUGUUCCGCCCACGCCGAUGGGUGUGAUGGAUCGACAGUAAAUUGUUCGAUCUUCGGGCGUAAGAAGAAACAAUGUCGCGACAAAUACUUAGCUAAACACAAUGCCAUAUUUGACAACUUGGAUGUGGUGACAUAUGAAGAGGUUGUAAAAGUGCCAGUCGGUGAUCCAAACUUUCAACGGAAAACGUUGGUUUUGCUUGGUGCGCAUGGUGUGGGUCGCCGUCACAUUAAGAAUACACUAAUUUCCAAGUAUCCCGAUAAAUAUGCAUACCCCAUACCACAUACAACGAGACCUGCAAAACCGGAGGAGGAGAGUGGACGCAGCUAUUACUUUGUAUCGCACGACGAGAUGAUGGCCGACAUUGCUGCGAAUGAGUAUUUGGAGUAUGGUACUCAUGAGGACGCCAUGUACGGCACCAAACUGGACACCAUACGUCGCAUACAUACCGAAGGUAAAAUGGCCAUAUUGGACGUUGAGCCACAGGCGUUGAAGAUUCUGCGCACUGCAGAAUUUACACCCUAUGUCGUGUUUAUUGCGGCGCCAUCAUUACAAAAUAUCGCCGAUUACGAUGGCAGUUUGGAGCGUUUGGCAAAAGAGUCCGAUAUGUUACGUCAAUUGUAUGGACACUUUUUCGAUUUGACGAUCGUAAACAACGAUAUAAGCGAGACAAUUGCCACGCUGGAAGCGGCCAUCGAGCGUGUACACACCACACCACAAUGGGUGCCAGUUUCAUGGCUAUACUGACAAGACAGUGAGCUUGAGUGUCCCGACUGCUUAGAGGGCUGUGACUGUGAAUGGGAAGCAUACGCAGCCGGUGCCCAACAACCAAAUACGGGCCUCUUCUGAACUAUUAAAACAAACAAUAGUAAAUCUAAUAAAAAAGCACCGUUAAAGAACAUCACUUGGGGAAAUCAACUUACAUAUAUACACACGCGUAUACCGAGGAAUGAUUAUUAAAUAAGAAUUAAGGCAAGACGCAUCAGUAAAAAAAAAACGCAAAUGGAAAAGUGCAGAAAAAAGAAAACAUAAAGACAUAUUUACUUGCAGCAGUGCACAAAGUGACACAAGCAAAUACACACGAAACACAAACAUACACUAGUUCGUAGAAAAAUUUAUAAAUGAAAAUUCGGGUGCAACAACAUUAUAAAACAAUAUAGGUAUAGUAUAGGCAAUAAAGAAAUAAAGAAAAAUUAAGCAUUAACACUUAUACACAGACAUACAUACAUUCCAAAUAAUUGAAAAGACAACGUUAAACAAUUGAGUAUGUCUGUUUUGAGUACACGCAUACACAAGAAUAGUGCAGCAGAAACUUUGAAGCCUAAAAAUUUUCACGUCUUGAGCAUUUUUAAGCACACGAGCAAUUUUGCUUAUUUUUAUUAUAUUUGCGGGCAUUAUUUCGUUGUAAGUCAAGCAAUGGAUGUAAACUUAAAAGUGGAAUUAUUCUUUUCGGGUUCCAACUUUUUUUAAUUAAAAUAUGGAUUAAAAAUUAGAUUUUCCAUUUUUAAUUCCCAUUUUGGAAUUAAAAAAUGAAAAUAUUAUUUUUAUUUUGAUACAUUAUAAUUAAAUAAAAGUUAAAUUAUACUUUUCGGGUAGCCUUUACUCAGGGUUGCAUAUUUUUUAUUAAAAAAAUAUGGUUUAAAAAUUAAACUUUCAAUUUUUAAUUCUGAUUUUGCAAUUAUUGAAUUGAAAAUUUAAUUUUUGAUCAUACAUAAAUUAUAUUUUCAUGAUUAUUAUUUUUCAAUUUAAUUAUAAAUAAAUAAAAGUGAAAUAAUAUUUUUCCGGCUGCCUACACUCGCGUUUGCGACUUUUUUGUUUUGUUAUUAAAAAUGAAAAUUAUUAUUUCUUAAUUUAAUAAUAAAAAUCGAAAAUUGAAAACCAAGUUAUUUGGAAUUAAAUUGAGAAAAUAUUUUUUGAUUAAAAAAUUGGAGCAACAAAAAAAAAUGUUUUUCAAAUUAAAAGCUGGAAUAAAAAGGUAUAAAACAGGAAAAAUUUACUGAAAUGCGAUAAAGUAAAGCAAUUAAAUAUCUAUAAGACACAAAGAGUUGAAUUAUGUUGGCAUUUUAUUAAAAUUUAUACUUCUUUAACCUAAAUGCGCGAUCAUCAUACUAUCGAAGCACGCAAACGAGAAAAAGGGGAAAUUCUGUAUAAACUUCCUUUUGGAAGUUUUAAUUAUACUUUUUGGGUUAAGAAAACACUUAAUUUAAAAUUUAUUUGUAAUUUCAGGUUUUUGGAAUUAAAAUUUGUUUGUAUUAAUUUUAAUUCUGGUAUUCAUAUUUAUAUUUUUCAAUCCAGUUUUUGGGAUUAAAAAUUAAAAAUUGCUUUUAAUUAAGAUUUUUUUAAAUUUAUUUUUAAUUUCUGAUUUUUGCGAUUGAAACUUUUUUUAAAUAUUUUUAAUUUCGUUUUUUAUUUUUCAAUCCAUGUUUUGUGGUUAAAAAUACAAAAAUUGUUUUUAACUAAGAUUUUUGAGGAUAAAACAUUAAAAAAUUUGUUAUGCAGUUUUUGGAAUUAAUUUUUUUUAAUCCGGUACGAGGAAAUAAAAAUUUAUUUUUUAUUUUUCGAUCCUGGACUAUUGUUUCCUCUAUUUACAUAUGACCACAAAAUUAAAAAAAAAAAUUUAAUUGAAUUAUUUUUUUUUUAAGCAUUUUUAACAAUCCUGCCUAUACUUCAAUACACAGUAAGAAGAAAAAUAUUAAAAUUUUGUAAUCAGGCAAAUCGGGAGGUAAUCGGUAAUCCCUUCUAUGUUGUGUUUGAAUAAGACUGUUGCACGUGUGUUAAAUAAUGGCAAGUUGUGGAAUUUUCAAAAUGUAAACCACUUUAUUUGGGAACUUUGUUAAGUUUACUUAAAGCAAUUGUUAAAUUUUUUAUUUAUUUCGAAACUCUUAUGUAAAGUAAAAUAUAUAUACAUAUGUACACACACACACAAGUACUUGUUAAAUUAAUUUAAUGUAACUUUUAAUUAUAGAACUUCUUAAAACGAACUAUUUGAAAUUAAGUGAAAGAGAAUUUGCAAAGUAUACUGCAUAUAAUUAAUAAUUACAAUUUUACGAGCGGGUACACAACACAAUAAACUAAAAGUAUUAUUGAAAAGUAUUCAACCGAUGCAAUUAAGAGUGUUUCAAAAGUAAGAGUCACAAAAAGCAAAUUAAGUAAAUUUUAAAUGAAAAUCAUGCAAUUGUAAACAAUGAAAGUAAAACACAAAGUAAACAAGUAAAAAGAGUUAUAAACAAACAACAACAACCAAAUAAUAUUUGCACUUUUUAACAAAAUAAUACAAAAUGCAUAAUAAACAAAGUUAACGUUGCAGAGAACAAGAUGACGAAAAGCAAGUUUGCUGAGCGUUAAAUCUGCAGCACAAGUGAAGCAGUGAAGUAAGCACAAAAGCAAAAAAAAAAACGAUACAAGUAAAGCAUUCAUACACACAUCUACACAUAUAAGAAUUAAAUGAAAUAAAAAAGCACAUGGAAAAACGUUAAUAAAAUAAAAAAACGGUAAAAGAGAGAAUCAUAGUAAUAAUUUUAGUAAAGUUACUGUCAACCAAAUACUAAAACAAAACAAAAGGAAAUUAAAAAUAUAAAUGAAAAACAGUAAAUUGUAAACCAAUUAAAAAAUAUUCGAAACGCGGACACACAGGUAUGCAAUGAAAAGAUAAUCGUACAAGUAUAUUACGUACAUACAUGCAUUAAAUAUUUGAGAACCGUUACAUGGAAUCGUUAAGAACGUUAAGAGAAAUGGUAAUAAUUUGAUUACAAAUAACUCAGGUUGAAUUAUUUCAAAAUGUGAAAGCAGACAACUGUAAAUGUAUUGAAUUUUUUCCAAUAAACUAACUAAGAGAACCUAACACAAAGCCCCACCAGCAGCACGUAAACCCUUCUAUUAAGGCAACACAAAUGAAGAUCAUCACAGCAUCACGCGACAUUGGCACACAUUUAACGCUGCAGGCUGUCAUAGCGAAACCAUUAGCACACAAUUACUUUAUUGGAUUGCAAAAUAUGCAUACUCAUUCACACAUAUGUAUGUACAUUUCGGUACGUAUAGGCUUCAUUUCCUUGCGCGGGCAUUAUUUCAAGUCACUAACACUUAUUUCAACUAACUAACACUAACAGCUUUUCCCAUUUAAAAAUUUAUAUGCAUUUAUUCAAUACAGCAAUUUCGCAAAUUACAUUAAUAUUUUUUUUGUAAUAUUUGCUCUAGGUUAGUUCUUAGUUGCACUUUUUCACUUUUUAUUUCUAAUUUGGAUUUUUUUUUCAAGUUUCAAUUUUCGAAAAUAGCAUCCAAAAUAAAAACUGAAAGUUCAUUUAUAUUCCAAGUUUUUAAGAAUAUAAAUUGAAAAUGUUAACUUUUUAUUUCAAUAGUAAAAAUUUUGAACUCAGCAUAAAAAUUAAAAAUUGAUAAAAUGUGAAGAAAAAAUUAUUUUUAUUUUUCAAUCUGGUAUUUGAGUUUAAAAAUAUAAGAAUUAUUUUCUAUUAAUUAAAAAUAAAUUUUUAACUUUUAAAAAUUAAAUUUAUUUAUUCCAAGAUACGUAAAACAUGUUUUGAGAAAAAUCCAAAAGCCAAAAAAUUAAAAACUGAAAAUUUAAAUACAUACAUACAUAUAUGUAAUUUUUUUUUAAAUACAAAUUUUUAUUUAAAAUUUAAUCGAAUUUAAAAUUAAAAUUUAAUUAAUUUAAUUUCAAAUUAAAGUUUAAAUUUUUAGUCCCAAAAUCAGAAUUAUAAAUACAUAGAAAAAAUGAAUAUGAAGAUAAUAUGCUUGGAAAUUAAUUUUUUUUAAUUUUCCAUCCGGUAUUUGGGAUUAAAAAUUUAAGAAUUAUUUUUUUAUUAAUUAAAAAUUAAAAAUAAAUUUCUUAAAACUGAUUUUAGAAUUAAAUAUUAGAAAUUAAUUUGUAUUCGAAGAUGUUUGGGAUUAAAAAUUCACUUAUUAUUCCAAGAUAUAUAAAAUAAAUUUUGAGAAAAGUAAAAAAAAAUUAAAUUUUUAUCCCAAAUCAGAAUCAUAAAUACAAAGAAAAAAUUAAUAUGAAGAUAAUAUGCUUGGAAUUUAAUUUUUUUUUAUUAAUUUUCAAUCCGGUAUUUGGAAUUAAAAAUUUAAGAAUUGUUUUUUUUAUUAAUUAAAAAUUGAAAAUAAAUUUUUAAAAUUGAUUUUGGAAAAAUUUGCAAGUUAAAAAAUAAAAUAAUUAUGUUUUUUAUUUAACUUUAAGUGAUAAUUUAAAAUUUUUUAGUGCAUUAUUGUGAAUGCACGAGUAAAUCUAUUAAUUAAUUGUAAUUAUUUUUAAUCGAUAUUUUCGGAAAUACAAAAAAAAAUUAAAUAAAUCAAAUGUUAAUUUGCAAUCCUGUAUGAAUGUAAAGCUAUCAUAUAAGUCCUCUGAAAAUAAUAUUUAUUUGAGGUUAAACUCAUUUUCAACGCAUUACCAUUCAAAAAUGUAUGUAUGCGCCUGUUUUAGUUUGGAAAUAAGUGUCAUUAUUGGCUUUCGUUGUUUUACUAAUAAUACUACUUAAAAGCUCUAUUCAUAUAUUUAAAACUGCCGUGACAUAUUUUUAUUUUAUUUAAUUUAGUGGAUAUUUCAUUUAAUAUUUUUGUUUAUUUUCAUUUUUAGUUUCAAUAUUUAACCACAUUCAUGUCAUGAAUAGUUUGGAAAGAAAACUAACAACAAAAUUUGCCACAAAAAGCAUUUGCAUACAUACAUACAUAUAUACAACUAUUUCAUCAGUGACUUUUCAUUUCACCCAAAAAAGUGUUCACCAAUCAACCGCAAACGUGAGUAGACACACAGCAUACCUACACACAAACAUGCAUACAUACUAAACCAACAGACAAAUAUAUUUACCGUAUUUCUGAGCUUAUUUUGUAGUUUUUGAGAGAACUAAAAAAACUUUUGUAAGUAUCUUUAAGAUUCUAUGGUUUCAAAGGGUUGAUGAUUGUAAUCGAAUAUUUCAGCAAAUUUAAAGAGAGAUAAUUAAACAAAAACGCGAACGCAGCUAUACUACUCAUGCUAUGAAAAUGUGGGGGGAAAUGUGAAAAAGUUUCCCCCAACAUAAUGAAUAGUAACUGUACUUCACACUACUAUGCAUUAAAUUAAUUGUUAAUUUCAAAAGUUAUACACACUUUCUAACUAAGAGACAUAAGAGAACAAACAUGUGCUGCAUGCAUGUUGGUUAAAUAUUAAAACAAAAACAAAUGAUAAACAAAUAAGUCAUAUAAAAUAGACGGUAUAAAAUUGACUAAGAAGUGGUUGAGACCAUUUGAAAACUGUUGCCAAACUAAACUUAAAUCGCUCAAUUUACGUUUUACUAAAAUGAAACUAGAUUAAAAUUAGAUUUAAAUAGACUACUAUAUAGACUAGGAAGAUGCCUGGUUAAGGAGCUAGUUGGAAGUCCAAGUCCCACAUCCUGCCACAACAUUAUUGUACAUUCCCUCAUCGAUAGCAAACACAGAGCAACUUCUCAUCUCUCAUAUGUAUGUUUAAUCGUUGUUUUCCUCCCUGUGACCACCCUCCUGCCUUAGUUCCGCACCACCUCGCCCAUUUUACUGCAAUGUUUUUUUAUAGUGAAAAUAUACAGCUGCUUAGAUGCUUACUUAAACGGGGCGUGGUAGUAAUUAUGAUUAGAUAUGAAUUACAUAAUACGAGUAAGGGGAAUUUUACUCAAUAACGGUACUUAAAUUAGCAAUUCCAAGUAGGUUUUCAUUACAAAAAACGCUAACAUACAAACAUACAUACUUAUAAAUUAUCACUAACGUACACACUACUAGCGACAUUGACAAAAUUAAUAUACAUUUAAUACAAUUAAAGAAAAUCACUGCUUUGAGAAUCAAAAUUACACAUACAUACGCGUAGAAUAAAAUUUGACGAAAACGAGUAGCCGAGCAGCCGAAAAGCGAACGCACUUUACUCUACAGCGCCAGAGAGCCAAACACACACUUUUGUCCCUUUGAGUGAAAGUCGUGUUUAAUAAAAAUCGGGAUGCAUAAAUGAAUAUAUGUAUAUAUAUUUACAUGUACAAUAAACGAGUAACGGCGGCAAGAUCUUGAAGCAGCGCUUGCUUGCAUGUCAUUAUUAGAAUUUAUUUUCGAAACACUUUAGAAUAAAUAAAUUUAGCAUUGUUUCAAUGAAAUGAAUUGAAAUUUUAUGAAAUCAUAAGUUGUAAUGGGUACCUUAGCUGUACGGGGGUGUAAUUUAAUUCUGGCUAUUCGUAGCAAAUGGCUUAAACAUUAAUUUAAUUGUUGAAAGUUUUUUAUUAGAAUUGUCUAUACACAUAUUUUCUUUAAAUGCAACUCAUCAAAGAAACAAAAAGAAAAACGUCAAUCAUUGCAACAACACUAAAAAUCGAGUUUGAGAUAUGUACAUACAUACAUACAUGCACACAUGCAUAUGUAGCUCACACAUACAUACGUGUAUGUGAUCAACAGUAAUAUAAAGCCGUUAAAAGUAAUACUAAAAUAAUGAAAAAACAGUUGUUAUUUAAGCAGAAUUAAAGUUAAAGAAAAUAAAAUUAAUGAAAUAAAAAAAAAGAAAACAAUACAAAGAAUAUAUUAAAAACAAAAUAAAUGAAUUCAAACGAAAAAAUAAGAAGUAUAUGAAGCCUCUGAGAGACGUACAUUCAUAGAUUCAUACAUACACAAGUCGCACACACAUGCGCAUGCGCAGUUGCAUAUGAAAUUAAUGGUAUGCGCAUGUGUGUGCGCAGACGCGUGGUUCGUUGGAUGCAGAUGUGUCGAAACUUUGAUGGUAGUGAUAAUGGUAUUAAGAGUCACGGGCGCCAUAAAGCCUAAAAGCUGAAGCUGAACAUUGAAACAGCAUAAAUAUAUAAACUUAUAUAUUAUAUAUAUUUAGAUUAAUACAAUGAAUCGCAUAAAGUCAGUAAAACCAAACCAAACCAAACAACAACAACAAAGUGAAACAAUACAGUUAAAAAAAGACAAAAAGUAAAACAAGAAUAAAACACUAAAUAAGAAUUA